UGUGCAUUUUGCCGGUACAACGUUUCUAUCCAACGCUGUACUGCAUUGUCUGGUAAAAAAUGCUGCAGCGCGCUGCGUUAUUGUUGGUGCUGGCAUGGACGUCCGGCGUACACUGCCAGGACUGUCCGGAAGCGUGGCGCCGCUUCCGCGACAGCUGCUACUUCAUGGGCGAAGACUAUCCCGGAGGAAGCUACUACGAGACGGCGGCCUUCUGCCGCGGUCUAGGCCAAACGGUCGACGGACGGGAGGCGGCGUAUCUGGCGGAGAUCAACAGCAUGGACGAGUUCGAAUUCCUUGAAGCUGCCGUGAAGAACACAUCGUAUAACACGGGCCCCUGGAUUGGGCUGAUCCGGUCGAAUCACAGCAGUGACAAGUUCAUGCUGCCCACAACGCUGACGGAAACCGGCGACGCGAUGUUCGACGAAUAUAUGGAGCUGCUGGGCCUGGGCAACAUCCGGAUGGGCGACAACUGUGUGGGCUUCGACCGGCACGGCAACGGCUUCGGCUACUGGAACUGCUCGCUGGCCGGCACGCCGCUCUGCGAGAUGAAGCUGGCCAGCGUCCCGCCGCCGCUCAACGGCACCGUCCGCACGCCGGCCGCCACGGUGGCCAGUUCCGUUUAUACGAUGGCCAAACAGACGGCGGCGCUGCGCGAGGGUUGUCCGCAACUGCCGGGAUGGACGCGGCUCGGCAAGAACUGCUACUUCCUAGCCAACGACUUCAUGAGUGUCAACUAUUUCCAAGCGACCGCCUUCUGCCAGGGCUUCGGUCGUAACGCGCAUCUGGCGGAGGUGAAGAGCGCCAACGAACGAGACGCCAUCGUCGAUAACAUGACCAGCAACCGGUCUUCCAAGCCGUUUCCGGCUGUCCAAGAUUUAAGAAUAUUACAGAAUGGCUGCGGAUGCAAACUACCGAAAAACGCAGACGAACUGCGAGGCAGCUUCAACGAUCCUGCUGUUUUAUACGACACGUUUAAGCUUUGUCCUCCCAAACUUUGUUCAUCAGGCUUGCUGCGUUUUCCUCUGCCAAUGUUAGUGUACCGAGUGUUCCCGCUAUUUCGUCAGCUAUGACAGAACCAAAUCCUUUGGUGUCGGCAAGAAAUGUACGAUAAGCUAAAACAAAGUUAUAGUUUGUGAAAGUGCGUUCGUUAGUGUAGAAGUGUGUGUGUAAACAGUGGCGUGUUUAAACUGUACAAAAUUAAAAUUAAUGGUGUACAAAAUUAAAAGAAAUAUUGUGAUGAAUAAUAAUUAUUGUAUAUGGAUAAUUAUUGUAUAUGUCCAUUUAUAAACACAAAUCUGUUACCUCCAAAUGUAUGCGGAUUAUCAUAGAACUUCUUGUUCUUUUUUUGUGAAAUUGCAUCCAGAA